AUGUCCAACGAAAAUCUUAUUACCGUUACCUAUCAGGAUCGUGUAGCGAUCGUGACACUCAACCGACCCGACAAGCUAAACGCCCUUAAUGCCGAUCUAUACUACCUCCUAGCCGAGCGUUUACGCGAAAUUGACUCUCGAGAGGAUAUAUCCAUUACAGUCCUGACCGGAACGGGUCGAUUCUUCUCUGCCGGCGCAGACGUAACAAGCAUACGUCCCGGCAGCGAGGGUGUUAGCCCAAACGUCCGCCGCGAGCUCGUCCGGGGCUUCGUAGCCAACAAUCUGGAUGCCACGCGCACCUUCUACACCCACUCCAAGAUCCUCGUCGUCGCCCUGAACGGCCCCGCUGUCGGUCUUUCAGCCGCACUAGUCGCCCACGCUGACUUCAUCUACGCCGCCCCGCACACAUUCCUCCUUACCCCGUUCUCCUCGCUAGGUCUCGUUGCUGAAGGCGGUGCUAGUCGCGCCUUCGUCGAGCGCCUCGGCAUCGCCAAGGCGAAUGAGGCGCUCAUCAUGAGCAAACGGAUUACCUGUGACGAGCUUGUUUCGACUGGAUUUGUGAACAAGGUUAUUACGCCGGAGUCUGGGAAGAAAGAUGACUCUGAUGGGUUCUUGAAGAAGGUGCUUGAGGAGGUUGAUGAUCGUCUUGGUAUGCACUUGAACCAGACUAGUCUGUUGAAGAUUAAGGAGCUGGUAAGACGGCCCGAGAGAGAGGUUCUGGACCGCCAGAAUGGCAUUGAGGCAUUUAUGGGCCUUGAGCGCUUUAUGAUGGGAAUCCCACAGGAAGAGUUCCGGAAGUUGGCGUCUGGGGAGAAGAGACAUAAGCUUUAG